AUGACAACCUGUAUCUACGAUACAGCCUGGCUUGCCAUGGUAACGAAGGAAGAAGAGGGACAGAUUCGGUGGCUCUUCCCCGACUCCUUCAAGGCCAUUCUAGAAAGCCAAUCCCUCGACGGGGGCUUCGGCUCCCGCACCAGCGAUGUCGACGCCAUCAUGAAUACCAUGGCCGCAUUGCUUGCCCUGAGCAAGCACGGACACAACCCCUCCGUGGCCGGCUGUCCUCCCGUGGCAAACUUGCAAGAGAGAAUUGCACAAGGCGGUGCCUUCUUGCAAAACGUCCUAUUAUCCUGGGACAUUCUGUCAACAGACCACGUGGGCUUUGAAAUCCUCAUCCCAUGUUUGAUCGAUCUUCUAUACAACGACGGGGUCGAUGUCCGCGCCUUUCCAGGCUAUGAAAAUUUAAUCCGGUUGAACCAGCGAAAGCUGGCACGAUUUCGUCCAGAGAUGCUCUAUAUGCCGCGUCAGACAACCCUCCUACACUCUCUAGAAGCCUUCUCGGGCAAGAUCAACUUCGACGCUGUGGCACAUCAUCUGACUGGAGGGGCGAUGCUCAACUCACCCUCCUCGACUGCCGCGUACCUGAUUAAUUCCUCGAAAUGGGAUGCGGAGGCGGAGGCAUACCUGCGUUAUGUUGCGGAGAAGGGACGGGGGUUGGUCCCCAGCGCGUUCCCUAUUACUCUGUUCGAAAUUUCCUGGUGUUUGUCGACCCUUCUGGAGUCCGGAUUCACAGUGCAGCAACUGGGCGAGAAACCCAUUCAGCAGCUCUCUGAUUUUGUGGUGAAGAACCUGAAGGAAAACGGCGGGGUGUGCGGUUUCGCCCCCGGAGUCCUCCCCGACGCAGACGACACGGCCAAAUGCAUCUUCCUACUCAACUGCAUCGGCCAGCGAACCGACUGCGACCGAAUGAUUGAGGUUUUCGAAGACAAAUCGCACUUCAAGACAUAUGACCUGGAGGUAACGGACUCUUUCAGCGCCAACUGCAAUGUUCUCAAAGCGAUGCUCGUAGCCGAAGACGCGGCUCGCCACCUUCCCCAGAUUUGCAAGGUGCUGCGGUAUCUGUGCCAGAUUUGGCACGAUGGUCAGCUGAACGACAAAUGGAACCUCCGUCCCCAAUAUUCCAUGAUGCUACUAACGGAGGCACUGGUCCAUGUCCUGAAGCGCUGGGACCAGGGCGACUUAAACGAGAUCCCGGUGGAGCUCAUGGCAGAACAAGGUAUUUUGAGCGUGCUGUCUGACAUCCUGGACGGUUUGCUUCGCACACAAAGUCUUGAGGAUGGCGGAUGGGGAGGCUCCGCUGAGGUAACGGGUUACGCUCUUCUGGCGUUGAAACGCCUCGCCUCGCUGCCCUGGAGCCUCGAGUGCGGAGACAAAGUGGACCUGGCAAUAGACCUCGCUACGGUGUACCUUCAGACACGGGAAGGUGAGUGGACAACUCCGCAGGAGAACUGGAUUGAGAAGGUCAGUUAUGGGUCACGUCUGCUGUCUCUGACCUAUGCUGUCGCCGCCUUG